AUGUUUCCGAAGCUGAAGUUCGAUGAUAUUAUCAACAGAUGUGAAGUACUGGGCGAUAAACGGCCUAUUAAGGUCUACAUGAUGAAGUCUCGGCUCGGUAUGCCACUCACCGACGAGGAUUUUGCGCCCAUUCGACGGAAAAAAGAUGAUGUAUGGUUCUUGCUUGAUAAUAUUAUACAUACUGAAAAUAUCGAAGAUGAUGUCCCAUCUGAAAGUGGUGAAAGUGAAGAUGAAAACAUCCAUGGCUCUUCUGAGCGUGCACCCUUGAAAGGCAAAUCCAGUGGCGAGAACGGCGUCCAGAAAUCAUCAUCGGCUUCAGCAACAACUGCCUUCACGAGUAAUUCCGUUUCUAAUGAAGUUGACAUUGACUUGUUAGAGUCAGCAGAACUAGCAAGGAAAAAAGCAACUGCAUUCACGAGUAAUUCCGUUCCCAAUGAAGUUGACAUUGACUUGUUAGAGUCAGCAGAACUAGCAAGGAAAAAAGCCAUGGAAGAAGAGCAAAGGAGACGUGACGAGGAGGAGCUUGCCCUGGCUGAUGAAAUAAUGGAGGAUUUUGAUAUGUAUUGA